AGAAGAAGAAGAAGAAGGGGAAAACACGUUGCAACUACCAGAAAACUUUAGGCAGCACGUGUAUCGCUUUUUUCUCUUUGCAAAGCACGCUGCAAACAGCAAGCAAACAUUUUGUCUAAUCAAAAACAUGACAAAGGUAAAGAAGGAAAAAGCCAUCAAGGAGGAGGCUGGAGCGACGGAGACUGGAGGGACAGAGAAAUCGUAUGUAGAGUUGAUUGCAAACAUCAACCCAAUCGCAAAUCCGCUGGCCACCAAGAAGCUAAGCAAGAAGCUCUACAAAUGUGUCAAAAAGGCAUCGAAGCUCAAACAAAUUCGCAGAGGAGUGAAAGAAGUCCAGAAGUUUAUCAACAAAGGAGAGACUGGCAUUGUGGUGUUGGCUGGGGAUACUCUUCCAAUCGAUGUUUACUGCCAUGUACCAGUCAUGUGUGAGGACAGGAGUCUGCCAUAUGCCUACAUUCCCUCAAAAGUGGACCUUGGUUCGUCUGCUGGCUCAAAGCGGCCCACCUGCGUCAUCAUGAUCAAAUCUCAUGAGGACUAUAAGGAGGCCUAUGAUGAGUGUUUCGAGGAGGUUUCUGCCCUGCCUAAACCCCUCUGAACCCUGUCACUGGCUAGUGGACUCAGAUGGACAGGCAUACCCCUAUGGUAUCUGAGAAUGUCUGGCUGUAGGCAGAAUGAAUGAGGGAGUGAAAUUGACUGUUUCACACUAGAGCCAAGCUACAGGGUGUUGUAGUAAUAUCUCUGUGUACAUUGAAGCCGGAAUAUCAUACACUAGCAGUGAUCCCCAUAAAAUGUCAACAGGGCAUAUGAAGGUAGAUGAUGCCCCUUUUUUGGUGUUUUAAGUAUGUGUUGGCUUGAAACUGUAGCUGCACAUGAUAACUUUAUUUUCCUAAUUCUGUGGGAUCCAUGCAUUGUCCACGGCCAAGUACAUACUUUUUGAAUAUUCUAUUGUGUGUUUUCAUAACUCGUGUGAUUUAAAUGUCGCAGCUACUAUGGCUUGCACUGCUUUAAAACAUUAAUUUUGGUAUCAUUUAAAUAUGAAAAGAAGUCAGCACCCACUGUUUUUGUUUUUCAACAAGUAAACAGAACACUAUAUUGUGAUCACCCUCAUUGUAUUUGAAUGGUCAGGACUCAGGUAAGGUUACAGAUAAUAUGCUGAGCUUAUCUUGUGUAUGCUUUUUUUGUUCGCUUGAACAGUUCUAAUUGAGUGACCAUAUGGGACUACAGGAUGCCUGCUCAGUUAAACAUUACAUGAUUUCUUGCAAUCCCAUUCUCAUUGCAGUUGUAAACUACUGUAUCAUAACUCCUAUUUUGAAAUUUGGUAGGUAAAAUUCGAUUCAUCAUUUGUCUUAGAUGUCUUGUCACAGGCAUAUAGACAUCUCCCUUUGCAUAAAGGUUAUUCUGAUUCUGUUUUGAGGAACGUAAAUUGGCAUGUGAUACAUUGCUGUAUUGAUGCAAUAAAUACCCCUUGUUUCUUUUGUAA